AUGUGCCAGGCACUUUCGGUAUCAAUCGCGGCUGCAAACCGUCUCUCAGCUAUUAUGUUUCCACAUAGAUAUGCAGAGUUUUGGUGUGGACGACGUCUUCAAGCUGCUAUAGCUAUCCAAAUCAUUCCCGGUUAUUUACUCCCAUUACUGAUUCUCAGAAAUGAAGUUACUCUCGAGCGAACUGAACGUGGAGGUGUAAUACCCAAAAAAGUCUCCGAGGGAUAUUUUACAGCUGCUGGCAUUUUCCUAACAACAAAUAGUAUAUUUCUCGUUGUGGCUUACUGUUGGCUAUUUUAUGUUCUUCGUAGAAGGCGACACUCGCAUAAUAAGGUAUUUUUUUUUUCAAAAAAAAAAAAAUUCCGACUUCCAGUGGCGGUUCAGAUUAUCUUCCUGUUAUUCAUCUUUUUCGAAGCGUUUCCAGUUAUUCCUUAUUCCACAGUCGUCUCAUAUAUUCUUUACAACCCUAUCAGCAAUCUUUAUUCCGGGAUCAGCGCCUAUCUACUGUGGAUUUUCAGCGAAGAUCUACGACGUUACGUUUAUGUACUUCUUGGAAUUAGAAAGCGAACAACAGUCGUUACAGUUGCUAAUGAAGUGAGCAGGUGUAUAGCAUACUUCUAA